GUAGCUUUUUGGGCUCUGUUGGCUGUUCCAUUACGUCACCCACACCAAUAUUAUUAUCCCAAAUGUUAAUAUAAUAUAUAUAGUUUCUUUUUGGGGUCUUCUGGAGGCUUUUAAGAUCUGUGAUUGGUCUGUUCCGUUAGUUCAUUCUGACUCCACCGUUAUCAAACUUUCUCGCUCUCUCUCUCUCUCUCUCUCUCUCUCAAUAUAGUACUGUUGUCAAUAAUAUCAUAUAGCUAUAAUAUUUUUAUUACUAUUUAGGGUCUCUAUCGGUGGCGGGUGGAGGUGGCAGUAGACGGUGGCUUUCCUUUGAUCCUUAAUAUUCUCUUCCCUUAAACCAAAUAAUCCGCCACCUAUAAUUUUUUGGCGCCAAAUCUUUGCCACCAAUCUAGCUUACUCUGAAAACGAGAGCUUAUAUAUGAGUUACUUAAUUAGAUAACCCCCUUUUGUCUUUUUCCUAAUCAAUAUAUAAUCCAUUAUUAAUAUUCUUUAUUAUUAUUAUUUUUGUCUGAUUUGUAUGUUUGUGUCAUUAGGGUUUUUUAGUUGAUCCUAUAUUUAAACCUACUUGGUCUCGUUUCUUCCAUUCCUCUGAUCAGCUUUUGUUAUUUCUUCCCUUUCUUGGGUUAUUAUCCUUUUUCUCUCUUCCUCGGGAUCUGAUCACCCGACAAAAAGACAGCCUGAGACUGUUAAAAAAGAAAAAAAAAACAUAGUUGGGGUGUUUCAAUUUCCGAGGAUAUAUUAAAAAGUAGUAGGAUAUAUAUACCACAUAUGACUAGAACUGCUUUUUGUUUUUGGUCUUGUUUUUUUCCUGUCUGAUUUAACUAGGAAGGACAUUUUUCUGGUUAUAGCUUUGUAUAUGUAAAGCUAGCUUUUUCAAGUGGGAUCGUUUUGAUCAGAAAACAUUAUUAUUAAGAGCACCUGAGAUCGCUGAUCAGUUUGAGUUUUUGUUCAACCAAUUCAGCUUUCUUGGAAGAAUUUGCUUGUUCAAAGAAGGUUUUUUACAAAGGAAAACUCCAGAUCGAUCUCUAUCUUUGGAAUUUAACAAAGAUCACCAACACUGAUAUUCUCUUGCUAGCUUUAUCUGUGAUCUCUCUCAAAGGCUUAGGUAUCAUGAAUGCAUUUUCACAUGUUCCUCCUGGUUUCCGAUUUCAUCCAACUGAUGAAGAGCUUGUUGAUUACUACCUUCGUAAGAAGAUUACUUCAAGAAGGGUUGACCUUGACGUGAUCAAAGAUGUUGACCUCUAUAAAAUUGAGCCAUGGGAUCUUCAAGAAUUAUGCAAAAUAGGGUCAGAAGAACAAAGUGAAUGGUAUUUUUUCAGCCACAAAGAUAAGAAAUAUCCAACUGGUACCCGAACGAAUAGAGCAACGGUAGCUGGGUUUUGGAAAGCAACGGGAAGAGACAAGGCCAUUUAUUCUAAGCAUGACUUGAUAGGUAUGAGAAAGACCUUAGUCUUUUACAAAGGCCGAGCCCCUAAUGGUCAAAAAUCUGACUGGAUUAUGCAUGAAUACCGCCUUGAAACAAAUGAAAAUGCCACUCCUCAGGAAGAAGGGUGGGUGGUGUGUAGGGUUUUCAAGAAGAAAAUAGCAACGACAUCGAUGCGUAGAAGCGAACACGAAUCGCCAUGUUGGUACGACGACCAGGUCUCCUUCAUGCCAGACUUGGAAUCGCCAAAACACCAUCAUCAUCACUCCAACUCAUCAAACGUCGUCGUUUCAUCAUCAAAUAGCUUGCCUAAUUACCAAUUGCUCCACCACUACUAUCCCAAUUGCAAGAAAGAACAAUCUCCACUCGAUCAUCAUCACUUACCUUACCAACUACUUCCCCACGACCACUUCCUUCCCCUUCUCGAGACCCCAAAACUCAUUCUUCACCCUUCAACAAGCUCCGCCCCGACCGGCUUACUCCUCAACCACAACAACAAUGUCGUCGCAGCUUUUCAGCCGUCGAUUUCUCUCAGAUCAUCAUCACAUGAUCAUCAAUUAGCUGAUCAUCAUCAUCAACAGCAACAACUAACUCUUCAUCAUGAUGAUCACCAAAACUUUCAUGCAAGCAUUGCUUAUGGUAAUAAUAACAACAAUAGUAGCAGUACUACUACUACUACUAAUACCACCAAUGAUCUAAACCAGCAGCAGGGCAUGGACGAUCAGGAUGAUCAGUUAACAGAUUGGCGAGUCCUUGACAAGUUUGUAGCUUCACAACUCAGCCAUGAAGAUAAUGAUCAGGAUGAUGAUGAUCGUGUUAUUUCCAAGGGAGGAAAUGUAAUCGUAAGACAUAAUUGGGAUCAGAAGCAGCAAGAAAUGGUACCUGAAAAUAAUGCCUCCACGUCCAACUCUGCCAGCUGUCAAAUUGAUCUCUGGAAGUAAUAUAUAUAUAUAUAUAUUAUAUAUACAUGCAUUACGUAUAUGUGUAAUUAUAUACUAAUUACCUAUAAAUCGUCUAUUUUAUGAAGUAGGUUUUACAUUCUAAUUAAAGAAAAAAAAAAUCAUGCAUGAUGAUUCUACGAAUUUCUGUACAUAAUAAAACUAGCUAGAACGAUAUAACUUUAACUGCCCAAUACUUAAUUCUGGCUAGCUAGCUCUACAAUAUGACGCUACGUUAAUAUGUAUGUAUACAUACAUUUAGUAUUCUAUCGGUUUAUUAUAAUGAGUUAUAUAUAUAUAUAUUUAUAUAUAUGUAUAAUUAAGUCCUUGUAAUGAUUAUCUAUAAUAUAUCUUUAGACGUUGGACGACUAAACUGUACUGAUCAGAGAUCAUAUAUAUAAUGAUCAUCAGCUGUUAGAAAUGAAUUGAAGAAUUUGUAUGUAACAGGCUUAAUAUAUAAUAUAUAUAUAUAUAUAUAUUUAUUUAUAGGACCUCUAUGUUGUUACUUGUCAUGAAUAUAUAGAUGAUCACUGGUCGUCUCCUUUACCAAAAAAGUAUUUGUAAAUUUAAUAAAAAAAAGUAUAUUAUUGAUUUUCAUGUUUGUACGUACCCUUCACUAGCUAACUGUCCUCAUACAUAUAUUUUCUGAACAAUUGUCCUCAUACAUUUAUAGAUAUAUAUUUAUAUAUAGGUCGGUUCUCACUUCACAUCCAUUUCGAAUAUAGAGCCCGAUAUUUCUGCGCGCAAAAACAAAUAUAAGAGAAAACCAUUGAAAGUUAUA